GAGAUUCUGAGUUUCAGAUUUUCAAGUUUAUGUAUUUUUCGUAAUUUUGAUUUUUAUAAGCCGUUUUGCUUUCUAGCCUGGGAUAUCCAUUUUCCGUCCUCUCAUUUUUUAGUUUCCUGUCGUGAAUUUGAGUGUGUUCUUUUGUGAUUUUUUGUUUGCUGACAGAGAAUAAGCUGUUUUCUCUGUCUUGUGUUGUAGAGUUGCUUUGGCUGUUUUCUUCAAGGACUAGAGGGGUUUUAUCUUGUGGAUUAAUUUUCUUUUCAUGUAUUAUUUAUUUAUUUAUUGAGUGAGAAUUUGAUGCUUUGAGUUGGCCUGGGUUGGUGGGUGCUAAAAUUGUGUUUUGAUGUGUUAAGCACGGUUGUUUUGUUGAGAAGUGGAUUUUUGGAUGGUUUUUUAUUCAAUUUUUCACCUCGUUUGUCUUUAAUAUCAAUUUAAAAAAAAAAAGAGAAAAGAUUUGAGUUUCUAAUUGUGAUCUUGCAAGCUCAAAUUUGGGCUUACUUGGCAUAAAUUUGUUAGUUUUUGAGACUGUUUCUGAGCACUUCAAAUCACCAGAUAGUUGAAUGGGUGUUGUGGAGUUAUGUGAGAAUAGAACUGCUUGGGGAUCAGGGGCAAAGCUACUAACUAGCCAUGUCUUCAUCUUUGCCAGUUCUUCCUACCCCUCUUGAAGACAAGUACCCUAAAUUACCUGAUUCUUUCCAGGUUACUUCAGAAAGGGAGAUGAUAAGAAACCCAUUGCCUCAACAGGCAUCUCCAUUGGGUCCAAUUACUGGGACCGCUGGACACAUGUUUUCUUCAUCUUUGAGAUUUCCCAACGAAUUAAACAGCUCUUCAGUUUCACCUCAAAUUUCUCCAUUCAUUCAGUCAUCAAGGGACAGGGGAACUUUGCUAGUGGCACCAACCUAUUCUUCCCAUUCUGAAGUGAAAUCCACAGCACUGAUUAGCCACUCUGAAGAAAAUAAGGAUAUGCCCUGGUCUAUAGAUCCAUUUCAUGACUUGCUUGAUUUUCCUGCAAGUGUCAGCAUCCAAAAUGGUCAAGUGGAAAGUAAUAUUGGUGUCGUUGCAUCUGAGGAUCUUUCUAAGAGAACAGAUUGGCAGGAGUGGGCAGAUCAGUUGAUCUCUGUUGAUGAUGAUCUGGAACCAAAUUGGAGUGAACUUCUUAAUGACGCUAACGCCACAGAUAUGGAACAAAAGGUGCUGAAAUCAUCUUCUGAAAUCUCAGUGCAACCCCAAAUUCAUCAGCCUCAACAUGUAUGUGAUGGAGAACCAUAUCCUGCUAACCCAACUUGUAUUGCACCCUUAACAAAACCCCGAAUGCGCUGGACACCAGAACUUCAUGAGGCUUUUGUGGAAGCUGUCAAUAAGCUUGGUGGAAGUGAACGAGCAACACCAAAGGGUGUUUUAAAGCUUAUGAAUGUCGAAGGCUUGACCAUCUACCAUGUUAAAAGCCACCUGCAGAAGUACAGAACAGCCAGAUAUAAACCAGAGUCAUCUGAAGGAACUUCAGAGAAAAAGUCGAGUCCCAUUGAGGAAAUGAAAUCUCUAGACUUGAAAACGAGCAUGGGGAUCACUGAAGCAUUGCGACUGCAGAUGGAGGUUCAAAAGCAACUCCAUGAACAGCUUGAGAUUCAGAGAAAUUUACAGUUGAGAAUCGAGGAACAGGGGAGGUAUCUUCAAAUGAUGUUUGAGAAACAAAAAAAGAUGGAGGAUGACAAGUCCAAAGCUUCUUCCUCCUCCUUGGAUGAUUCCUCCCUCCCUGAGUCAAACGUAUCUGGUAAUAAUAAAUUGGAAGUCUCAGAGCUGGAUCAUGCCAAUAAUGUGUUUGACAGAAACGAUGGUGGUGUAGCACUGGAAGAAAGUUCCCAAAGUGUAAGCAGAAAGCAUAAGGCACUGGAAAACAGAACUGGCGAGGAUCUUAACUCAAAAGACAAUGAAUCUAGUCCAGCAUCAGCAAAGCGGCCAAGAGCAGAUGAAACAGCAAUAUAAUCAACGUCCUGCAUUUGAUUGAACAUUUUAUACAAGUCAUGUAUUGCUGCUCCUGGAUAUGAUGUUUUAGGUUCUGCUUGUGAUGAGAGGCAUAAUAGUUGUGGAAGCAGGGAAAUUUUGGAACUUAAAUUCUUGCCUUUAUUUUCCAUAAAGCUAAGAAUCAAAAGAUCCAAAAUAAAUUUACUAACUUGUGACCUUUCCAUUCUAGGGUUGAAUUUGCAUUAGGAACUGUUGCUAGAAGGUGGAGUUUGUAUAUAAUUGUGCAUUGUUAGACUUUUAGAGAAUUUUGUAAUUUCCAAUUGAAUAAUGAAUUUCUUCAACUUUCUCUA